UUGAGGCCUACUACAGCUUCUACUGCUGUUGAUCUUUCAGCUAGUCACCGAGAAGAGCGGGGUUAAAUCGAAACUGCAAUCGAGUGUUAAAAACUGUGAAAAGUGUCCAGUAGCGCCAUUAUCUGUGAUUUUCGUGCUUUUUUUGAUCAACUUUAAUGUACACACGGAAGAAGAAACGAACCGGUUAGCUAAGCGGUACUCUUAUUUUGAAACAGGAAACAAGGGAAAACGUCGCCAUGGUUACAGGUAGCAUUUGGCUAGCUUCUUAAAGACGCUCUUCACAUGUAUUUGCUCAAUACUGUAGUUUGAGUACUCAUAUACCAUGGGGGAGUCCGAUACUUACCACAUACGACCUAAUCAUCAGCAGAAGUUCAGGCCAGCUGUUGUGAAGGAGUGUAUUCGUGAAAUUGUGAGGGAGCGACUGUCUGGGGUGCAGUACAAUCCAGAGGAAGUCCCAGAGCUGACCCGUUCACUGGCAGACUCUGUGAAGGACAAAGUAAAGAAUUCAGGAUUCGACAAAUAUAAGCUUGUUGUGCAGGUGGUCAUUGGAGAACAGCGAGGGCAGGGAGUCAAGAUGUCUUCCAGGUGUUUUUGGGAUGCUGACACAGACAGCUAUGCAGAGGAUGUUUUCAUGAAUGACAGCUUGUUCUGUGUGGUAGCAGUUUUUGGAAGCUAUUACUACUGAGGAAGAGAGGAUGGACCACAGGAAAAAAAGACUUUUACAUGAAAAUGAGCUGGCCUCAACUAAAGAAGCGACGCACAUCUGGUCUUAAAAAUGAAAAACCUCAUUGAGAUUUUGUGACUUAUUAAGGACAAAGACUUGUUAUGGCUUUUCUUUUUUCUUUUUUUUUUACCUCAAAACAUUGUAAUUGUAUAAAAUGAUAAAUAUAUUGUUACUGUAUACAAGGUUACAAUACUUUAUGUUCACUUGGGUCUAUUAUAUGCCCAAGUUACUGUUUAUGAGAAUAACAUCCGAGCUCUGUGAGUUCUCUGAAAGCUGACUGCUUUCAAUGUGCAGUUUCCAGCAUUUUUUUAAUACAUGUAAUAACAUGGUCAUCUGCUCUAUGCACAGAGAAAGGCCAGGCAGGUUUAUUCCAAGCCAAAAGCCUUUAAAGUGUCAUUAUCUUCAUACAGUUUCACAAGAGUCUUUAGUUUGUUUUAUGCAGUAAACCUAACAAAUGAAUAAAGGUCAGAUUUAAUAUAUUUGGUGACAUUUUAAUUUUUCACCUCUACACCUGUUAAUAUAACUUUAUUUAUCCCACACUGUUGAAAUUCAACUAUCACAACAAAAAGUGAAUCAAAGACAUACAAAAGGCUAUUGUUGGUAUAGGAAAAUGUUAUUGUGAAAAAACAAAAGCUUGUAUUAUUUCGAGCAGUUGAGUGAGCAGAACUGGUCCAGCAGAGGUCAGUAUCUGCCUGUAAUCGCCAAAAUCCAGAUGCACAGAUUUUUAUUUUAUUUUUUUAAAUUAAAGUUAUGUGUGUUCGGGUCGGAACCGCCACGAGUCCCGACUUCGUCAAAGGAAAAACAAAUUGUUCAGCAGUUUGCGGCGGGACUCCUGGUCCCUGUUUCUGCACAGAGCACGAAACAACUCGGAAACAGUUUUAGGUCCUGGUUGGAUUUAGCUAUAAAAAAAACUUCAUGGUAGAAUUUCACCAGCAGUUGCAGUCUAAGAUGAUGGAGUUAGUUUAGGAAACCUCGGUAUGAAUGUCUAUCCAUGUGAUAACUUGUCAGCAGCUUUCAAAAUAAGAGCUCAGAGACUGUCUAAGUAUGUCCAAGAUGAAGUAAAAGAAAUCAUGAAUUGUCUAGGAAACCCACCUUCUGUAAAUAUACAAAACAUUAACAAAUUAGUCUUUACUAUAUAUUAACAUAUAUUCAUUAAGUGAUGCCGUUUUGAACAGUGAUGGCAUCAAGCUGAGAGCUAAUUACACAAGGCUCCACUGACAAACAGGUCAUAAAAGAGCAGGAAAAUACUUAAUUUGUAUGUUUAUAAGUUGUAUCUUUAAAUGCUUAGUUUUAUUUACUGAUGCAGGAAAUUUAUGAACCAUUUUAUGUUAUAUCUCGUGUUAAGCAUUGAAUGUUCUUGGAUUUUGAAUGAAUAAUUCAAUUUAAAAUUCAUUGACAUCAACACAUUUUUCUGUCUGGUUGUUCAGUGUUCCUUUGGUUCCUGAAUCAAAGUCAGUCUGACUGCGAUCUAGUGCAUCACAGAUUCAGCCAUCGUGAGUUUGUUGGCUUAUUGCGAACAUUAUUUCUGUGGUGUUUUCAUUAUUGUGAUUAUUUAAUGGCACUUUCAGAAGUGAAGUGAUCAUAGCUUUGCAUGCUCGACUGUCUUUUCAUCCUUUUAUGUCAAAGACAAAUGGACUGUAUAAAGCUGCAGAAGUAAUACUGUGUGUGGAUAGAACAGCACCAUAAUCAAACCGUGCCUGAAAAGCGUCCCUGUACUUUGUGACCAUGUCAUUACGUUUACGUUUACAUUACCUUUUUUUUCUUCAUCAGGCUGGUUCCAUCACUUUGUAGCUUGAAUUUUAAAUGACACUUUAGCUGAUUGUUAGUUACUCGGUCAUUAGUACUAAAUUAAACUCUUUAGCAUUUAGUUUUAAAAAUAUGGCAUAGUGUCAUGUCUAAAGUUUUUUUUUUUUCCAUCUUGAUGACAUGUAGGCAUCUUCCAUACUUGUGCCCAGAAGUCUCCCUGGACUGUGGCCAGAAGCAGUACUGACACCCUGUCUACACUCAUAGCCCCCUGGCUUCUUAUUGUAAAUAAAGUGAAU